CCUGACUUCCUGGGGUCAUGACCGGGCAGAUCAGUAGAACACUGUCUCUAUGGCAAUGUAUAGAUGUGAGGAAGUCACUUAGCCCUGUCAUUGGUUCUCUCCACAGGAAGGAAGUCACUCAGCCCUGUGAUUGGUUAUCUCUACAGGAAGGAGGUCACUCAGCCCUGUGAUUGGUAUUCUCCACAGGAAACAGCUAACCCCCCAAGCAUGUCUGUGUUGGAGAACGAGACAUCGCGUGUGUCUAGCUACGUGCCUCACUACCUGCUGCGGGGAGACCCCUUCGCCUCGCGCCUGUCCAGGGAGGCCGACAUUGUAGCAGCGUUCUACAUCUGCAUCAUCGGUAUCCUGUCUGCCACAGGGAAUGGAUAUGUGAUCUACAUGAGUAUGAAACAGAAGAACAAGCUGAAGCCUCCAGAGCUCAUGACUGUGAACCUGGCCAUCUUCGACUUCGGCAUCUCAGUGACAGGGAAGCCAUUCUUCGUGGUGUCCAGUUUCUCGCACCGCUGGCUGUUUGGCUGGGAGGGGUGUCGCUUCUAUGGCUGGGCCGGGUUCUUCUUCGGCUGUGGCAGCCUCAUCACCAUGACCGUGGUCAGCCUGGACCGCUACCUCAAGAUCUGUCACCUCCCAUAUGGCACGUGGCUGAAGAGGCACCAUGCCUUCUUGUGCCUGCUCUUCGUGUGGCUGUACGCUGCCUUUUGGGCCAGCAUGCCCCUGGUGGGCUGGGGGAGCUAUGCGCCCGAGCCCUUCGGCACCUCCUGCACGCUGGACUGGUGGCUGGCGCAGGCGUCGGCUUCCGGGCAGAGCUUCGUCAUGGCCAUCCUCUUCUUCUGCCUCGUCUUCCCCGCCGGCAUCAUCAUCUUCUCCUACGUCAUGAUCAUCUACAAGGUGAAGUCCUCCGCCAAAGAGAUGUCUCACUUCGACACCCGCAACACCAACAGCCACAACCUGGAGAUCAAGCUGACUAAGGUGGCAAUGUUGAUCUGCGCUGGGUUCCUGAUUGCGUGGAUCCCCUACGCCGUGGUGUCGGUGGUGUCGGCGUUUGGAGAGCCUGAUAGUGUGCCCAUUUCAGUGUCCGUCAUCCCCACCCUGCUCGCCAAGUCAUCCGCCAUGUACAACCCCAUCAUCUACCAGGUCAUCCACCUGCAGAACUCCUGCGCCCAGUCCUCCUGCAUGCAGGUCCUGAGGAAACCACGCCACUUCAGGAAGUCACGGUUCUACACCAUCUCUGGCUCAUUAAAAGAGCCAUGUGCUGACGAAGCUCAGAUCCAGAUGUGACCAUGACGACCACGAGACUCACAGAGGACUGACUCCUCCCUCUGUGAUCAAACACGCUGGCUCUCCCUCCCCACCCAUUGGCUAUCCAACCCUCUGCAAUCACAGCUUCUCACCCAGAAAUGACUCCUCCUCCUUGUGUUCUUGUCCCGAUUAUUGAACUUCGACCCUGCCGACCUCCCCCCAGUCAACUCCCGAGUUGUGUUCACAGUGUUUUUGUCAAAAAUGUAUCAUCUCAAAACCUUCAAAUGGAUACAAUAGAUUUAGAUUGUUUUGGUGUCGGACCAACUCCAGUAUGCCAUACAAACGUUUUAGCCAACAUGCAUUAGAUGUUAGAUGUAGUGAUGCUGUCCAGCAAUGUUAAGACUCACUGUCAGUCCAGCUCUAGCAAUGGUUGAUGCUGAAAGUGAUUUUUAUAGUAUGUAUAAGCUGUGCACCUAUAUACAUCAACCAACAGUACCAAACAUGUGUGAACAUGUGACUCUACGAUCUACCUAAAAAGAGAAUCUAGAGUUGGACUUUUCCUGCUUACAUCACGCAGAACAAGACUUGAAAACUGAGAUCCAAAGACUGAGUUUCCUGAAGAACCUGUCACCAAGGUAACUUGAAGAACCCCGUCACCAAGGUAAUGACGUUCUUCAGAGAUGCACAAGCUGCACGUCUGCAGUCUCUACUUUUCCACAAACACGUCGGGUGUGAAGAGGGACCAGCUGUAACACGCAGCCCAGCCAUGGCUGCUAGGGUGGUUAGAAACCCCUGAGCAGGCUAGGCUAGCUAGGCUAAUUAGCAGCAAGAUAGGCAAACUAGGCUAAUUCGGAGCAAGCUAUCUCUGAGGAACAGCACAGAUUUACUUUUCAUGCAGGCUCUAUUUUGUAUGCACUGAUGUCAGUCCAAUACCUAUUUUGAUGAAAAGCAAAAAGGCACUUCCUGAAGUUCCAACUGAAUUUCUACUGUUUAGGUUUUUAGAGCAAUGAUUCUGGAUAAACAGGGUGGUGAGUGAAAGGAGAGGAAGAGUUUCCUUCCGCCCAACAAUAUUUACCAAAGAUGAACAGUUCAGGGUCGGUAGGUAGGUAACUCAGUAACUCAGCGUUGUCGCUGAGUCAUGCUUUUGGAAGAAGUAUUCCUCAUUCCAGAAUUUAUAUUUAAUUCAACUUAAUUCCUAACCACCAGCUGUGACAGGAAGUGUCCUAUAGCCACUAACCCUAACCACCAGCUGUGACAGGAAGUGUCCUAUAGUAAUACAGUAGCCUAUCUACUCUUGCUGUCGGAACUUGGGGUGUUUAGUUUGGUUUACACUAAAGUGUUAGUGUUUUACCUUGCUGAUGUGAUUGUUUAGUUUAGGAUGUAGCUCAUUA